GUACAGGAGCAAAAGCAACCACUCAUCAGCAGCCAACAUGAGCAACAUGAACAUGAGGGGCAAGAUCAUCUUCUACGAGGACAGGAACUUCCAGGGUCGCCACUAUGAGUGCAUGAGCGACUGUGCUGACAUGUCCUCCUACAUGAGCAGGUGUCACUCCUGCAGGGUGGAGAGCGGCUGCUUCAUGGUCUAUGACCGCCCCAACUACAUGGGAAACCAGUACUUCAUGAGGAGGGGAGAAUACGGUGACUACAUGAGUAUGAUGGGCUGGAAUGACUGCAUCAGGUCCUGCCGUAUGAUCCCUAUGCACAGGGGAUCCUACAGGAUGAGGAUCUACGAGAGGGAGAACUUUGGUGGUCAGAUGCACGAGUGCAUGGACGACUGUGACUCCUUCAUGGAUCGCUACCGUAUGUCUGACUGCAUGUCCUGCCAUGUGAUGGACGGCCACUGGCUGAUGUAUGAGCACCCUCACUACAGAGGCAGGAUGAUGUACAUGAGGCCUGGAGAGUACAGGAACUUCAGGGACAUGGGAUAUGGAGGAACCAGGUUCAUGAGCAUGAGGAGAAUCAUGGAUUCCUGGUAUUAGAUGUAAAUAUCAGGAAUCUCACCUAAUACCACUGAAUUAAAAUUUUUUUCAAACUA